AUGGCUAUUGUGAAAGUCAACCAGCAAGAGAUAUUAAGCAAGGCAGAGGAUAUUGCAGAUAAGGUACUAAAACAAAGCAAGUAUUUUUUGCCAUUCAUAGCCCGAUUAUGCCUGAUUAGUACAUUUUUGGAGGAUGGAAUUCGUAUGUGGUUCCAGUGGGAUGAUCAGAAGAAUUAUAUCAAUGCUUCUUGGGGUUGUGGUUGGUUUCUCGCAACAUUUUUUGUGGGGUUUAAUCUCGUUGGGCAGAUUGGAGGUUCGUUCAUGGUGCUGACACGAUUCAGAGUGAACUAUGCAUGUGAAAUGUUGUUUUUUAUUGUUGUCCUUCAG